GCCCCUCGGGUCGCUGGAUCUUUGCCUCUCUAGGCCGUAGGGCCUCUCCUCCAUGGUUCUGUCUGUCAGUCGGGUUUCGGGAGCCUGCCGAUGAGGCCACGCCACGCGCGGAUGCUUCAUCCUUGAGUCCGUCACCGGUGGUGGGGCGGCCCGGGGCCCAUGGCGCGGCGGUGCUGACAGAGGCGCGGGCGGCGGCCGGGCCGGAGGGCCGGCAUGGCGGGCCAGUUCCGCAGCUACGUGUGGGACCCGUUGCUGAUCCUGUCGCAGAUCGUCCUCAUGCAGACUGUCUAUUACGGCUCGCUGGGCCUGUGGCUGGCGCUGGUGGACGCGCUAGUGCGAAGCAGCCCCUCGCUGGACCAGAUGUUCGACGCUGAGAUCCUGGGCUUUUCUACCCCUCCAGGCCGGCUGUCCAUGAUGUCCUUCAUCCUCAACGCUCUCACCUGUGCCCUGGGCUUGCUGUACUUCAUCCGGCGAGGGAAGCAGUGUCUGGAUUUCACUGUCACUGUCCAUUUCUUUCACCUCCUGGGCUGCUGGUUCUACAGCUCCCGUUUCCCCUCGGCGCUGACCUGGUGGCUGGUCCAAGCCGUGUGCAUUGCACUCAUGGCUGUCAUCGGGGAGUACCUGUGCAUGCGGACGGAGCUCAAGGAGAUCCCCCUCAACUCAGCCCCUAAAUCCAAUGUCUAGAAUUGGGCCCUUUGGACACUCUACUGGCACUUGGGCUCCCCAACUUGGGCUAGUCAGACCUUCUGGAUGAGGUCCAGCCCAGGUCUGAGAGGAACCCUGGAAAUGUGAAGUCUCUGUUGGUGGAGAGAUAGUGAGGUCCCAUCAAGAAGGCAGGUAGCAGUCAGGAUCACAGCUGCAAGAAUGGCCUCUAUCUGCUGAAGCCUUGGUAUCUGAGAGGUCUGGAAGGGGACCUCUUUGAGGGUCAUAUCAGAUUUGGAACCAUGUCAUUCUUGAGCCAUCACACCUGUCACCAGCCUAUUGUUUUAAAAAAGAAAAAAAAAAUCAAGGAUAUCUGAUUGGAACAAACCACUCUUCUAGUCAUCUGUCUUACCCCUGGACAGCUAUUACCUUUGCCAUGUUGCGGAACUACAGUGAUUCUUUUUAGAGCAACAGAUUUCUGGAGCCAUAGCCACAGAAAGAGAUCUAGUGCAAAGUACUAUGCUACUGUCAGGGAGAGGGCGGCAGACACAGACAUCAAGCGCAAGGAGAAUGCAAAGCCUGUGCCCUGUUACACACAUACAUGUGUGCACCCAAGAACCCAUGAUUAAUUUCCUUCAAGUUCCCACUCCUGGGUCCCCACCCUGAUGCCAGCCUUCCUCAAAGCAGGUCAUAGGACCCAGAGAAGAAUCCCAUCAUCACUUCCAGUCUAACCCUCGUAUUGGGGUCACUGCCUGCUCUCUAGGAAUGACCAGGUUCCCAAGCACCUACUGGAUCUCGGUACUGGCAAGAGUUCCUUUUUCCUGUAUUAUUUGGAAUUCUCUGGUGGGAAGGGCAUGGUGGGUGCCCAGCUUUAGGAAGCCCAACUUUCUAGCCCAGGCUAUGCUGAUAGUGCUGAGGCAGAUAAAAAUUUGCUGCUAAGAUUUUUCUUUGGGGGUAGAAUUUCCUGUGAGGGGCUUGCAGCUCUCCUUCCUGUGUACAGAAAUACAGUAUUUUCCAUGGUUCCGUCUGUA